AUGCUUUGCCCUGUUGUCCUGCUGCGCUCCCCUCCUCGACCCUCCUAUUUCCCCACCCUGUCCCUCUCCAAGGCUCGGAUGACUGCAGUGGCCAUGCUGCUGCCAGGGCUGCUGCUCGCCCUCCUCGCUGCUGCCAUCGCUUCCAUUGCUGUCGUCCGCAUCAUCACGCCACUUGGAAGGGAUGCUGUCUAUCGUGGUUCGGUUGCAGAUGAUCUUUCACGUGACACCGAGAGCCAGCAAGUCAACAACCCUCUCAUGCUCCCGUCUGCUUCCCUACCGCAUUGCCAUCACCGCUUCGCUUCAGCAUGCUCACGCUCUCAACUUGCCCUCUCACUCCCUCCACACCCUGUCUCCAGGUGCAUUCCAAAUGCUCGUGCUGUAUUUUGCCAUCUCUACUUUGGGAACGCUGCUGUGGGGGAUGGGCGUGACCCACACGCAAGUCAGAGCGUGGGUGCAUCAGCAGGGCUUGGCUGUGACGGCUGGGCUGAUGAAGCUGAAGAGUGCAACCAAGUGCCUCCUGGUAUGCCAUGCGCUCUGCCCUGA